AUGGCCAAGGCGCACACCCUGUCACGCUCGACGAGCGUGGAUCUGCUCAUGGCACAAUUGCAAGAAGUCAUCGACUCCUCCUCUUCAGACGACAAUCACCAUUUCGUUUCGCCCCUCAGUCCGCCCUCGGCAUCCACUGCGCAGUCACAGGCAGCUAACAUGGUUGGAUGGCCUUCAGCCUACGAUCAAAGUGACAGGGACUCGUCUCCUUUCAGCUCGAUUACGCCCUUCUCAGAUCCAGACAAUCCACUCCGGUCAGGUGGCUCCUCGCACGACUGCUUCUCGGCAGAAUCGGGCUACAGCAGUAUCGCACCGGCUCACGAUGAUCCCCGUGCCAGCGCGCCCGUCAAAUCUACCCCUCAGUCUGAUCUUAUCAUUCUGCGCUCGUACGCGUCGACCGGACAGCUCUAUGUGCACCCCGGCAUCGACUUGAGCCCCGCUGCUUCCUCGAGUGACUUGACGAGACGUGGCUCCCAAUCAAAGCGAAAUUCUCUUCGAGUCGCCCCGCGGACUCGCAAGACGCGUCUCGUCUCGUUCUCAGGCCCUCUGACAAGCUAUGGGAUCCCUGAAGAUACGACGCACAUUCUGCUUCGCGAAAAUCUUCGACAGAGUCCUCUGACAAAAGCGCUCUCAAAGCCGAGCUUCGCGACAAAUCUCGUCUGCUUGGACCUGGCAUACUGCUAUCUCGAGACCCUGCCCGAUACUAUCGCGUGCUUGAUCAGCCUUGAAGAGCUCAUCCUGACUGGCAACCGCCUUGCCAAUCAAAGACUUCCGUCUUGUAUAGGCAGUUUGCAUCAGCUGCGCAUGCUUGAACUCGAUCAUUGCGAUCUCCUCGAGCUGCCGGAUUCACUCGUCGAACUUACGUUGCUCGAAAGCCUUAGCCUUCGCCACAACGAGAUGACGACUUUGCCAGGCUGGCUAUGGCGUCUCUUAUCUUUGCAGUACCUAGCAACCGAAGGCAACCCAUGGCAAGCAGACUGGCGCGAAAUUUUAGCGCCGCUCGAGCAAGCUGGUAAAAAUGCUCCGGCAUCACUUCUUGCCGAAAGCGGGAGCAUGUACGGCUCCCUACGGGCCUCUCGUCCAAAGCUCGAGAUCGCUGCGUCUCCGCCUCAAAUACCUCAAACAGCUCAAUCGCGAUGGUCGGCAGACUCGAUCGCUGCGCCCUCAGUGCAGAGCGAUACAAUGUCGCCCUCUGGCACCUUGCGACGGAAGUGGCUCACGCUUCGUAAGGCCCGCUACAAUGUACAACCGCGGGCUGCACUCGAAGAGGCGCUACAGCCUUUGCAAAGCAUCUCAGAGGUUGCCAUCGCGCUCAGUGCGACCAGUCUAGCCAAUUUCGAAAGCGCGCAAGCGGCUAUACACGACCCCUCCCGAAUGUCCAUCGGCAUGAAGCCUGCGCUCGCCAUCCUCAAGACAUACUGUCGUGAUGUUGACGAUCUCACGAAUCGUGAUACAAGACCGGUCUCAUACAGAAAGGCAACGUCCGCUAGUGCAUCCACUCGGUCUUCGCUUGCGUUGAUAGAUUCCCCGCUCGAGCAUCCACGACUGAAGGACGAUAGCUUCAAGCGCCGUCACGUGCUGUGCGAAAUACUCAAUACGGAGCGCAAGUAUCUUGCCACUCUGAACGAGCUCGUCACCGUCUACAUAAAGCCGGCGAGCGAGCAGGACAUACCCAUCGCUGUCAGAAAAGUCUGGUUUGCCAAUAUCGAGGACAUCUUUGCGCUACAUCGCGACCACUUAUUGCCCGCACUUGAGGAAGCGCUCGUAGCUAUCACUCGACCAGCCUUGGAAGAGGGUCGCAGUCCGGUUGGCAGCCGUAUCUUGUCCCGAGCUGCACUCGAUGUUGCAGCUGCGUUCCUCAGAUUGACGCCUUUGCUUCGGCUCUACUUGCCAUAUGCGACAAGUUUCGAAGAAGCCGCCACUCAGCUUGAGCAUCUUACGACGAGUACUUCUGAGAAAGUCUUGCAAAAUCAGGCCCCAAAGGCAGUCAGCCAGAAAAAGCUCAAACAGUUUCUCAAGACGCGUGUAUCAGCGCCUAAUCACUCUCAGAUCUCUCUACAAGCUUAUCUUUUGUUACCGAUACAGCGUAUUCCGAGAUACAAGCUCCUAAUGGGCGAGCUCGUCAGCUGCGUUCCCGACGGUCUGGAUCCUUCUCAGCCCAACGCGACUGUUCAGCGCGCUCACCUAGAGAUCUGCCGAGUCGCGGUAGAGAUGAACGAACGCAAGCGAGAAGCAGAAAAUCGAAGCAAGCUCUUGCGAUGGCAGCUCAAGCUCACACUCACAAAGUUCAAGAGUCCUCUCGUGCAGCCUCAUCGCUUGCUCCUGUUCGAGACAACUUGCGUACUCAGCAGAAUCAUCACGCGUAGCAGUACGCCAGAUGUUGGCGCGAAGGUGCUAAGAACCCAAGAAGAGCAGCGUGAUCUCGUGCUUCUGCUUUGCAAUGACAUACUCGUAUUGCUUCAGCCGGCAGGCCAGCAAGUCUCGCUGUUUACAGUGAUCAGAUUGGUCACAUUGGCGGCGGAGCCAGACUCCAUCAGCUUGUUUGGCGCUCAAGAUCAGUUCGUGCGGAUCUCUGACGGCCGAAUCUUCUACUUUGACUUUUGCGCCAAGACGCCAGAGGAAGUCCAAGAGUUCAUUCGUGCCGUCACUGCAUAG